AUGUCUCAAUCGGGCAAAACUCUAGACUCGAUAGCAGCCCUUCUAAAUAAAAAUGUUGAAACACUUAAUGCUUUCAUUAACUGUCACAAUACAUUUAAUUCUAAUAUGGCAUCUAAACUUAAUACCAUUGAAAAUAUUGUCAAAACAGUGAGUGAUCAAGGUGAUAGAAUAGCACAAUUAGAGGCCAGCAACGUGUUACUAACUAGGGAAAUUGAUUCUUCACGAGAUUCAUUAGCCAAUACACCUGUCAACUCCUCUGCCCAGAUCACCAUUGCUGGUAUACCAUUUACAGUUACUGAUAAUCCGUUAGAAGUUGUUACUAAGGUUCUGACUGUACUCGGUGUCCCUGAAGCUUCUGACAUACUCGACAUUCGCUUAAUCACCCGCAGAUCUCCGUCGAGCCAAAAUCCUGAGCAGGAUAACACUAGAGAGGCAUCAAAAUCAUUUAUCGUUUUCUUUAAAUCCUCUAAGACUAGCAGCCAUAUUAUAAGGAAGAAGCGUUCGCACGGCACAUUAGCGGUUAGAGAUGUUUUUGCGUGUGAUAAACUCGGUAAUAUUUUUGUCAACGAGUUUCUUCACCCUAACACGUAUAAUUUGUUGCGCAAAACUAAGAAGAUCGCGUCUGACAAAAAUUGCAAAUAUGUAUGGUCUAGGGAGGGGCAAAUCUAUGCACGUAAGCAAGACGGAUCUCAGCUUAUUCGUAUUACCUCGGAGGCUGAUCUUGACAAGUUAGGUUGA